UUUUUCUUCUUUUUUGCCCUCGAUUAUUCUGAUUAUUCAAUGUUCAAGAUUAUGUUAAAGUGUUUUGGUAGGUGUCAUGUCAGGAAGGCUGUGCAACCGCUGGCCACAGACAGUGUUUCUCUGUAAAAGACGCAGGUGUGUGAUUGAAAUUAGGUAGAAAACAGAAAAGAAACUUACAUGUCUUUGGUCAGUUGAUCAGUAAGGUGAAAGGUCAAUAGACGCUUAUUGUUAUUUUCAUUUGCUGGUUCGCGGUUUCUGGUGUAUCGCAAAGUCUUGGUGAACUUUCAAGACAAUAUGUAAGUGUGAAACAAUUUUUAAUACUUUUUUCUAACUUUCCUCGCAGCAAAGCAGAAGUGUGACUUUCUGCUCAAUUAUGUAACCACAACUCUUCAUUUCCCCCUUGAAACUGUUCUUAGUCACCACUAUGUUUAAUGCAGAUGUGCUGUGGGAAUCGUCACCACUUGCGUUGAGCCUCUGUGUGAAGAGGUCUGGAUAAGUUGCCGGGUGAAUUUGACGGAAAGUUUGGGGCGUUAUUUAUGGUCGGGACUUUUCUGAAAUGAAAGCACCUUGUCUGUGACUGGCUUCAGUUUAUGCGGUGCUCCCUCCACCUGUAGCUCCAAAGCCCGAGAACAGAAUCGCAUGAAACAUGAGAGAACGCGUUUCAUUAUUAAACGGGAGACAAACCGACAAAAAUCAACAUCGACCCAAACCAGGUUUUUGAAUCUAGGUGCAUAUGUAGCACCUUUACUGUUUGUUGUUUGUUGCCCACAAACUUUGAACUGAUCCAUUCGUCUGUAGUUUGGGUGUUGUCUUUCUUUAAAUUUUGAAACCUAUAUAACAUGUUAUCUAAAUCCAGGUAGAUUCACAUUGAGUCAAAGUUACAGUAAAACUGUAAAUAGUUAGACUGGUGCGUGUUUUGUGGAGUAAGUCUAGUCUGCGUGAGGAUAUCUGACACAGACCUGCUGCUCAGACGUAACUGUAGCACAAAGUGUAGAGUUACACACCCGUUGCUACAGCAAUGUUGCUGAGCAACAUCCGAUAACAUUAAAGACGUGUAGAGAUCAGGUUAAACAACUGUCUCAGAUCUGCCUUUGCAGUGUGUCACAAUAGAGCGGUGGUUAUUUCAGCACCGUGGACAGUGCCCGGUCCCCGUCAGCUCAUUUUUCUUUCUUUCUUCUUGUGAGUUUGGACAUUUUUAUUCAUCUUGACGAGGCAGCUAUGGACGCGUGCUUUUCACACACUGAGGAAUAUAAGGAUAACUCUGUAAUCCCCAAACAUUCCGUUUAGAGGAAUGUUCAGGAAGAUUAAUAAUGUGUUCCGCCCAAACCCCGGACACAGAGGACGGGAUGAUGGCCGCGGGUUUCGGUCCGAGCAGGACUACCACAGCGCCUGCACCGUCAGGCUGGUUCGCAGCACCUCCAUGCUUGUGGUGGGCGAGAAAAUUCAGACGGCCGCGGGCUCCACAUUAAAACGGAGCAAAAGUACGGUGAGCAUAGAGUCAACCUUGUACUAUUAUCAGAGGCAAGAGGACAGGAUGUGGCUGUACUCUCAGAAUCAGAACUGCCUGGAGUAUCUGGAAGCACUUGUGGCGUUGAGACGUCAGUACAUAAAGAGUGUGAGUGACUUGAAAAGCAGAGAUCCUAAGGCCACGGUGUCCUCUAAGAAGAAGCCCGCCCCUCCGCCACCUGCUGAGGAAAAAACGACGUCAAGAGCCAAACCCUGUGACCCUCCGGUUUCCACUGAGGAGGACACGCUGCAGUUUUUUGAUGCCGUAAUCGCCAGCUGUGACAAUGAACCUCUGCACAAACCUUACAUGGACGACGGGAACGCUGAUGUGGACUUUAUUGUGGCCACCAGCUCAGCUGAACACGACCUCCACUCCAACUGGUCCCUGCGAGUUCCUCGGGUCGCAGGCGACUCCAAGACACCGGUUCCAGACAGUGCCAAUGAAAGCAUACCAAAGAAGAAGAACCAGAGCGGGUCCACCAGCAGCAGACUGCGGCUGCAGAGGAACCCGAUCCACCUCCCCAAAGUGGUGGAGAGCGCGUUCCAGACGCUGCGCUUCAAGCCCAAAUUAAAAAGGCAGUGAAGCUCCAUGGACGUUUCCAAACAGCACUGCUUGUGUAACACUUUUAGGUUUGUUUAGUUAAAGACAAAGCUCAACACAAAACCUAUGCUGACAAACAAUGCUGACUAAAAACAUAAAAGGCAACUAUAAUUAAAAUCCACCCAACCUGUGGAAUGAAUUUAAUUCCUCCAUAUUUCAGAUCCUGAGUCUUAAAUACAAGGACUUUUCAUUGUCAUGGGUAUCGACUCCAGUUUGACUACGGUUUAUGGUUCAGACCUGCAAACGCUUCAUUUUUUUCGAGGUGUCAAAGCAAGACUUAAAAUUUUAUACUGGCUCCUUCACAGCAAAACACACUUGCUUAAAAAUAAACACAAUUCAGAGUGCUGCAUCAAUGCGCAUUUCAUUGGAAUAAGGUUGCGAUUUGCAAGGCGAGUCCAAGGGCUGAGUGGUUUGAAUAACUGAAAACCAGCCACAUUUAUUGUGCUCCUGAAAACGGUUCCAAUCGUGAGGGGACAGUUCACCAAAUAGUAAUAAAUAUUACAUGACUGACUCACUUGAGAUACCCGUUACCAUCUCCACUGAUGCUGUGCAGCUGAGGGAUUUUUUUUUUCUACAGCAUUGAAUUUUGUAAACAUCCUCUUCAGCCUG